AUGGCCGAGGCUGCGGGGAGCGGCGGCGUGGUGAAGCACCUCGUGCUCGCGCGGUUCAAGGAGGAGGCGACGCCGGAGGCGCUGGACCAGCUCAUCCGCCGCUACGCCGGCCUCGUCGACGCCGUCCCCUCCAUGAAGACGUUUCACUGGGGAACUGAUGUGACCGUACUGGACACGCACGAAGGAUUCACGCACGUCUUCGAGUCCACUUUUGAAAGCGCAGAGGGAGUCAAGGAGUACAUUGCACACCCAUCGCAUGUAGAGUUUGUAGAUGAAUUCUUGGCUUUGGCGGAGAAGAUGCUAAUAAUGGAUUACAAGCAGGCAGCUACCAAUUAG